AUGUUUUGCACACAGAUUCGACGAGGGCAGCUCGUGCUUCUGCAGCUGCGCAUGGCGAAGGACCUUGUCGAGCAAUUUCAGUUUGAUCUGGGUGAUACAAUGGUUUAUCAAGCAAUUCAUACAAUUGAAUUCGCACUGGGAUGCAUCUCGCACACUGCGUCGUAUUUGCGUCUGUGGGCUCUAUCGCUCGCUCAUGCGCAGCUAUCUGAUGUACUCUGGUCAAUGGUAUUUCGUCAAGCAUUCGCGCUUAACGGACUUGGUUAUGCGUUUGUACCGUUUUCAUUCGAGAAAAUUCUCGAAGAGGCGCGUGCUGCUGAGGAGAACCUUUGA